ACGAUUUGUAGUUUUGUAGGCAGAAACAAAAUCCUCUUUCGUCACUCUUUGUAAUUCCAUAUAUCGCCCUCCCCAAUCCCUGGCGUAUGACUUUCUAUUUCAAUGCAGUUUGGGAUUAAAAUUAAAAAAUUAGGGCACGAAAUCGACUACUUACCAUCGGUUGUAACGCAACGAAUGAGAUGUAAUUGCCCUAUUCUGCACGAAUAACGUUUUCGAAGGAUUAAAGUUCGUUUUUUCAUAGUUAAAAAGAUUAUAGGGUUUGGUUUUGCUGUUCGCGGAAAAACGCAUGAAGGGUCCGUUAGAUCGGACGAAAGUUGUGCUUCGGCACUUGCCGCAUACGAUAUCCCAGUCGGCGCUCAUGGAGCAAAUUGACGCCCGUUUUUCCGGUCGCUAUAAUUGGUUCAGUUUCCGUUCCGGAAAGCAAAGCCUGAAGUGUCAAUCAUAUUCUAGAGCCUAUAUUGACUUUAAGAGGCCAGAGGAUGUCAUUGAGUUUGCAGAGUUCUAUGAUGGGCAUGUUUUUGUUAACGAGAAGGGUACCCAAUUUAAAACAAUAGUUGAGUAUGCACCUUCACAGCGUGUUCCAAAGCAAUGGUCUAAAAAGGAUGGUCGUGAAGGGACCAUAGGGAAAGAUCCUGAAUAUCUUGAAUUCCUUGAAUCUGUUUCAAAGCCUGUUGAGAAUCUUCCAAGUGCAGAGAUACAAUUGGAGAGAAAGGAAGCUGAACGAGCUGGUGCUGCUAAAGAGGCUCCUAUAGUCACACCAUUAAUGGAUUUUGUUCGCCAGAAAAGAGCCGCCAAGGGUGGACCCCGGCAGAGGUCUUUGCCUAAUGGGAAGUUAAUGAGAAGGAAUGGUGCAUCAUCUUCAAGUUCAAAUUCUACUGUAGUGAAACGUGGUUCUGAAAAGAGAAGUUCUACCAUGUAUGUCCUAAGGGAAGGUGGAAAGAGCACAAAUGGGAAAGAAAAGUCAACUUAUGUCAAACGAGCUGAACGUCAGGCUUCUGAAAAGUCUCCUAGUUCAUCCACUCAAUCUGGAAGUGUAGUACUGGAUGAAGAAAAGGGUUCCUUUGGAGCCUCUGAUACUGGGAAGAAGAAAAUUUUGCUGUUAAAAGGAAAAGAAAAGGAAAUUCCCAAUGUCACCACUGGCGUGACACCCCAGCAGAAGCUUUUAUAUGGUUCUGGUGGUGGCAGCAGACAGAAUCAACGACAGGAGGCGAGUGGAAGGAUCAUAAGAAGCAUACUUCUGAAGGAUUCAAGACAACAUCAAUCCGAACAGAAUCAGAGUCUGAAUCAAGAUAAGGAUAGAAGACCACCUAGGCCACAAAAUGUGGGCCCACUUUCAAAGGAUUCAAAUGGUUUACAAGAUGAUAAGCUUCAAGAUGGAUUUUAUGGUGAAAAAAUGGAUAAAAGGUCUAGGAAUAAAGAGAAACCAGAUCGUGGUGUUUGGACUCCAUUAAGGUCACAUGCGAGUGAUGAGUCUUUGUCAUCUUCCACUUCUCAAUCCACACAACUGCUACCGGAUAGUGCAGAAGGCUCCUCCUAUAAACACGGUGGUAAUCGCCGGACAUCUUCACAUAAUGCUAAUAAGGACGCAGAUGUCUUUUCAAAUUCAAACGAGGGAAAACCUCCAAAAAGAGGUGUUUCGUCUGGCUAUGAGAAGCGAGUGUGGGUUCAAAAGCCAAGUUCUGGCUCUUAGGUGUGUCACUAAAGUAAUGGAUUUAAAACCUGCUUGCACCCGGGAAAAUAUUCUUUCAAUCAACCAGUGAUCAAAACAAUAUAAUCAUGAAUUGAAGAAAAAAGGAAAUAUUCCUGAAACCCUAGAGGGACUCCACUACCCUUAUUUUACAAAUGGAGCAAGAACAGGAGAGAGAAUCAAAAAGGUGUUUUUUUUUUCUUAAAACAAAAGAAGUAACCCGUAGAAAAAGACGAAACUAUCCCUUUGAAGCGGGAACAUGGUUGCCCAAUGGAGCUGUCGAUAUCAUCAUCAUCAUCAUCAUCAUCAUCUAUGUGAAUAUGACUUGGCUCGUCGGAUUUUACCGUUUUACCCUUUUAAAGGUGAUUGUAUAUACUAUACUAUAAUAUACAAUACUUCCUAAUUUGGAAUGGGAAUGGUGUGUUGCCUCUUGAUACCAUAAUUUGUGCACAUAAAAACAUAGAUAGAGGGAGACGUGGGCUUCAAUUUCUGUAAUUUCAAGAAAAAGCCAUAGUAAUAACUAAGAACCGGCUUUUUCAUUAUGGGAUUUGUUUUGAUAAUAUUGUCACUUUAUGCAAGUAAAAAAAAUUCAAAUAUAUUCCCCAA